AUGUCUUCGAUACCGGAAGAAAUAAAAAAAGCGUUAUUGGAAGUUCUCGCACAAAUUCCUCAAAGAGUGUUAUGGAAAUAUGAAAACGAACUGGAAGACAUUCCGAAAAAUGUGAUGGUUAGAAAGUGGUUACCACAACGUGAUAUACUUUUCAGAUGUGGAGGUGUAUCUGGGGUAUACGAAACCUUAGACGCUGAAGUCCCGGUUCUUGGAUUACCCGUGUCUGGUGAUCAACCUAGAAAUUUAGAAAAUUUAGUAAAUGCGGGAAUGGCUAUUUCUAUGGACCUCUUGUCUAUAACAAAUUAUAGUUUCUUAAGAAAUGUUUUAGAACUUCUCAACGAUAAAAAGUACAAGGAAAAUAUUGAAACCACUUCAAAAAUAUUCAAAGAUCGACCAAUAUUGCUUGAAGAAUCUGUUGUUUACUGGACUGAGUAUGUUCUUCGGCACAAAGGUGCACCACAUUUGAAAUCUCAUGCACUGAAUCUAAGAUGGUAUGAAUACUUCUCAUUAGGUGUAUUAUAG